UCCUCCGAUUGAAGUUACUCGUACUUUCCUCAGCACCGCGUGUCGCCCGCGUAACGUUCUUUUCACGGACAGUGUCUCAGAAAAUCGGCAAACAUUUCGCGCAAGGACAGCAUGAAGAAGAUCAAGGAUUACUCGGACGAGGAUGAUUACGAGGUGGACGAUCCGGACUAUCCGGAGGUCGAGGGCGCCUCCGAGGAGGAAUGGACUCCGGAGGCCGGGACCGAGGCUGGCACUAAAAUAAGGCCACAGAGAGGAGCAGGAAAAAAGCGACAACACUCUGAAGAGGAGGACGAAGAGGAAGAAGAGGAAUUUGAAGAGGAUGAAGAGGAAGAGGAAGAGGAAUCUGAUUCUGAUACAGGAAAGAAGUUAAAGAGGAAAAGGCGCUCUAAGAAAGACGAUGAUGAAAAGGAGGAUGAGGAAGAUGACGAUUCUGAUGACAACAGUUUCAACGAAUCUGGAGAGACUCCAAAAGAAUACACAUCUGGUUCAUUUGUUCUUUUAAAAACUGACGUUGAAUCUAAUAAGAAUAAGGAAAAUAACUUAUCCAGUAAGGGUAAAUCUGAUGUGGAAUCAAGCACUUAUCCAACCUUGUGGAGGAUAGAUGGAAAAGCAUUGCUCCAAAAGUUUUUACCUUUUAAGGAAGAUGGGAAAGUACUGUACAGAAGCACAACCACAUAUUCUGGUUGGCAACAGAGUAACAAAGACCAAUACAUAGCGGUCCACGUGUCCUUUAAAGUGCAAAGUAGACAAGAGACAAUUGUUGAACUUCAUUUUGAUCCAUCGCAACCACAAGAAGUUGUAAAGGAUGAUAAAGAAGAUUAAAUUAGAUCGAGUUUGCUCUUAUUUGUUUAUAUACGUUAAGGAAACAUAUGUUAUAAGGAAAGAAAGGACGGAUACAUCCACAUCUACAUGUACACUAUUCACGAAACAUAUAUUUACACAUACACAUGGAUGAUGUUUGACAUGGUAUUGUAGCAGGUUCAUAUUUAAAAUAUAAGAUUGGAUGGACCAUGG